AUGCAACUCUUCAACUCUACAUCCGCUGGUGAUUGUGCAUCCCCUCCUCUUACUCCACGCCAUCACCAGUAGGUUUUGUACACGCCGCCAACUCCUGAUCCAUAACCGCACAAUGAACACAAGAGGACAUCAGAAGCGCAUCCUACCGAGGACUGGAUAUCCUCGGCGGCGGGCAUUGGCGGCAUGCUUGAUAUGUCGCGAAAGGAAACGGAAGUGGUACGCCUGCAAGACCUCCCAGAUCUUGCUCAGAGGCUGAUGGUUUCCUGUCUCAAGCGAUAACCUGAGGCCGACGUGUUCGUCAUGUCAACAGAUCGGGGCUCCGUGCGAAUACACCAAACAGGACUCAUCAUCCUUUGACGCCGCAUCGCUUAGAAUACUAGACCAGCUCUCUCUCAUCGAGGGACUGGUUAGAGACAUACACCCCGAAUCCUCUCUGACCCGCGAGUCUCGGUCGUCUGGCUCAAACGGUGACGCGAAUUUCAUACCAACACGCGUAUUCGGGGAAGCUUCAACAAGGGCCGCAGUACACACAUCUCUAUCCUUGAAUACUGAUGCAACCCACAAAUCAGUGUCCGACCAGAUCCUUCAGUGGCCAGUGUUCGAACAGCUUUUGUCUUCUCUACAGCGGUUUCCCUACAGCGACUUCCAUGGCACAGAGGCUUAUAGCUAUCUUGACGACCUUCUGACCCCGUCCGAAGAUUUGAGUUCGCGUUCAUCAUCAGGACCGCCCUGGAAAUCUUUUGCGCUGAUCAGCAUCUCCACAGAGAAGGUUGACGUCGAGAAACUCGUUGAACAGUUUCACCAACGAGUCAAUAUCAAGAACCCGAUUCUGAGUCGGCAGCUGGCUAGCGAAUACUGUCAAAAUUUCCACGAGGAUGGACUUCUCUUCAACCUAGAGACCUGUCUCGUAUUGCUCAUGUGUGCUCUUGGUGCCAUUUCCAUGGAUUAUGGAUCUGUCAUCACGAGCCAAAGCCCCGGAAAUAACCCAAGCUCAGCGCCAGAUCUGGCGAAUUUAAGACUUGGGCACAGUUAUUUCACAGCUGCGGAGAAGAGGCUAGGGGCAGCCAUAUCAACAGUCAACACCCUUUCCAUCCAGUGCUUGUGUCUUGCUGGGAUAUUCCACAUGUACUCCAUUCAGCCAAUGCAUGCGUUGCGUGUGUUCCACGCCGCGGGAAUCUCUCUUCAGAACCUUUCUUCCACGGGUGCUCGACCAGCCGGAGAAGCAUCUCAGAUGUAUUCGAGCCUAUUUUGGACGUGCUAUAAGUCCGAGAGAGAAAUCCUAGCCGAGAUACCGAUCAACGCACCCGCCUUGCGAGAACCUGGAAUGCCAAAUGUAUACCCUCAACCCCCACAAGCAGCCAGCAUUGCUUCAAACGAAUGGGCUGCCGAUGAGGAAGACAGCUGGUACUUUCUGCUCUCCGAAAUCGCCCUUCGCCGUAUCACAGACCAAGUCACCGAGCUGGUCUCCAAGUACAUUCAUGCCGAGAUCGACUUGUCAGGAUCACAAAGCGUUCAACAGCUCAUUCCCGUUGUAGCUGAAUUUGAGCAACAAGCUGAAACCUUCCGAGAGAAUCUCCCACCAGCGGUCAAGUUUCCUGACGUCCCUGAAGCGGCCAGCACUGAAUGGCAGCAGUACAGCCGCGGCCGCUAUUACCGCCUGCUUGAGCUCAUGCACCGGCCCUUCCUCUUCGACGCCCUACACGAUCCUGGAUGCAGCCCCGUUGUUCGGUCACUAGCGGAGAAAGGACUCCAGAAUGCGCUGCGGUACAUUCAGCACAGUCAUAUAUGCCAUCGCCACCACGGUACGUGGCUCCAGCUUCGGAAUGCAUUGAAGGAAGCAAGCCUCCUGCUUGCAGCGUCAAAGACGACGUGGCUGAGUAUGCCUCGCGGAUGGGAGGCUGGGAUCGCCAAAGCCCAGGCGACAUUCGACCACUGGUCUUGGGAAUUUCCGUCUUGCAGAACGUAUUCCAACGUACUCCAGAAGCUAGCCGAAUCAUCCCUAGCAGAUCAUGGCGUAGAUAAUCCGAUGACUUAUAGCUGA